CGUCGAGGGGUGGUGAUGAGAUUCAGAUCAGAGAAAGAAGAUGGCGCGAGCUGUCGCCGUCGGCUGUCGAUUCGCCCCCGCCCACUUGCGGCCGUGCCGGCCAACCUCAGCCACACCCUGCGGCGCCCACCCCCGGGGCUUGGGCCUCUGGAAGCUUCCGAUCCGGCCGCGGCCACGAACCCGCAGCCGCGGCGGUCUAGAACCUUCCAUUCCUCUCCUGGCCACUUGCUCUGCUGCCUCUGCCUGUACAGGGGUGUUUAUAUUGCUCGCGCCAUGCCACUCUCCACCGGAGAGCGGAGCACCUCGCUGACUUGUCCCUUGCCAACCACCACACUCGCCGACCGCCGCGCUGGAUUCAUCCGUUUCCAAGAACAAUUCUUCGAUUGGGGCAGAACCCGCCUGGGGAUUGUUUGUUGGGUGUGGUUUGCUGAUCCACCUGCGAUGGAGCCGAUGCUGCCGGGGAUAGUGAAGGAGGAGUGGCCGCCGAGCUCGCCGCCGGAGGAGGAGGAUGAGGGGGAGGGGGACCCGUCGGAGGCGCCGCGGCCGAUGGAGGGGCUGCACGAGGUCGGGCCGCCCCCGUUCCUGACCAAGACGUUCGACCUGGUCGCCGACCCGGCAACCGACGGCGUCGUCUCGUGGGGCCGCGCCGGCAAUAGCUUCGUCGUCUGGGAUCCCCACGUCUUCGCCGCCGUGCUGCUCCCCCGGUUCUUCAAGCACAACAACUUCUCCAGCUUCGUCCGACAGCUCAACACCUAUGGUUUCAGAAAGAUUGAUCCGGACAGAUGGGAAUUUGCAAACGAUGGUUUCCUAAGAGGGCAGAGGCAUCUUCUAAAGAUGAUAAAGAGGAGACCAUUGCCUUAUCUCCCUGCAUCACAGCAUGCUCUUGGCACCUACCUUGAGGUCGGUCAGUUUGGACUGGAUGAAGAAAUCGACAGGCUAAAGCGUGACAAGAACAUCUUGCUUGCAGAGGUUGUAAAACUAAGACACGAACAGCAAAGUACAAAAGCUGAUAUGCGAGCCAUGGAAGAGAGGCUGCAACAUGCUGAGCAGAAACAGGUCCAGAUGAUGGGUUUCUUGGCAAGAGCAAUGCAGAACCCUGACUUCUUUCACCAGUUGAUUCAGCAGCAAGAUAAAAUGAAGGGUCUCGAGGACACAUUCUCGAAGAAGAGGACGAGGUCGAUAGACAUAGUGCCAUUUCUCGGCCCUGAGGAGCUCAGCCAAAGCGAUCAACUCGAGUCGGCAUUCCAGUUUGAUCCAAGGCCAUUUGCUGAACUAAAUGAUGAACCUGGGAAGUCUGAGCUGGAGAAUUUGGCACUGAACAUUCAGGGGCUUGGGAAGGGUAAGCAAGACGUUAACGGGACUCGAAUCCAGGCACGAAAUCAGGCGAGCAAUGAAACUGAGUUAACUGACGACUUCUGGGAGGAGCUUCUGAAUGAAGGAGCCAGAGGUGAAUGUGAAGCUGGGAUGCCGGAGUUGGAGAGACGGAGGCCUAGAUAUGUCGAUGCAUUAGCUCAGAAGCUUGGUUACCUAAGCAAUAGUAGCCAGAAGUAGAGUGCCCAUACUAUCCUCCGCUUCGUCGAACCAUUUUUGUCAUAGCUCUAUUGUAUAUUGGUGUAAUUAUACUACAGUGAUAGUUUUAUUUUAUAGACCUAUCUCUAUAGUUUAUAGAGACAGGUAUAUUGUAGUGAUAGUUUAUAGAUAUUGUGUAGUACAUUUAUCCGGUGAUGUAAAGUUGAGCCAUCAUUCUUAAUGGUAUAUAUUGACAAU